AUGCGUAUCAAGAUAUCCACAGCAUCGCCUCUACCAAAGCAUCAAUGUUGGUUUCCCAUAAGCGAGAAGCUAGAAAAGCAAUCCAUCCAUCAACUCGCCAAAAAGAUGGUGGAUCAAUUUAAAUUUUCGACUGAAGCCAUCAACCUGAAACUGUCAAUGGAUGGUUUUGAACUCUUGCCACAAAGCAUCACCAAAGAUCUAUUGCGUGACGGUGAUCUCGUCAUAUUAAAAGGUGAUCACGUCAAAAAGCCAACUGCUGUCAAAAAGCGAAAAUCACCUGUAUCACCAACAGAACCCGAAAAAGACGAUGCAUUGGGUACACGUCCUGUAAAGAAGACAAAAAAGUCCAAAUCAAGCACCACACCUACCACCAGCAAAACUGACGCUGCUAAAGACAAAGCCAAGAAGGUAAAGACAGUAAAGAAGAAGGGCACGGACAAGACAUUAGACAAGAAGAAGGAUCAAAAGGAGGCCAAGACAGAGAGCAAGAAAGAUUCAAUAUCCACAACAGACCCAUUCACUCAUCCCACUACAAGAGUCGCCAACAAGCAGAAGCGAAAUCCAUUCGAAGGUCUCGACAGGACAAAGAAGAGAAAUAUGCGAAAGAAGCUAAUAAAACAACGCUAUCGUAUGCUUCAGGAAGACGCUUUGGCUCCUAUCCAAAUGCUUUCAGAGCCCACCUCCAUUGUCGAGGAGCAGCAAGAGCAGCAACCAAUAGUAGAACAACAGCACGACGCCGUGCAUGAAUUGCAUGUCGAGAAUUUACAAAUUACCUUGGAUGAGCCCUCAGAGAAACUUUUAAAGAAGAACAAGAACAAAAAAAAGAACCACAUGAAAGGAUCCAAGGCAGAAAAUAGAUCUCAUGUGUAUUAUCAAGAGCAAGAGCAACCACAGCAACCACGACAGGUAGAAGAGCAACAGCAGAGCGUUAUUGAGGAGCGGAUGGUAGUAGAUAAACUACCAAGUCGAAAUAUGUACGGUCGAGCUUUCAUCACAAGCAAUGAAUCUGAACCAAAAUACAAAGGCUACCGCAUGCCCGAGAAUCAUUUACCUAUUCAUCAAAUGCCCACAUUAUUUUAUGCAAACAACCCAAGCCAUGAUAAUGCUGACGAGACAGUAUUUGAAUCCCCAGCAACAGCUCCCAUGGUAGACGUAAAUGCCACUGCACCUCUCAUCAACAACGCAGCCAUUGAUACAGAUGCCCCUGUCGAUUAUGAAAAGCUUCCAGUUGCUGAUUUCGAAUCAAAUAUACCAUCCAUUGGAGAUCAAUUGGCUAUCAAGACACUUGAAUUGACUGCCAACUAUACACCUGAAAUAUCAGAUUGGAAGCAAGUUAUUCUCACAUCAAUAGACCUUCCUAAUACCAUUACUUUUGUCUAUGUCUAUGGGUUUGGUAAAACAAGUACAAAAGGUGGCAAAUUCGACAUCAAAAAGCAUCAGAAAAAGAGAUAUGAUGAUUAUCACGAAUAUGAAGUGGAGCCACAGGAGCACGAGGAACAAGGAGAUGAACUGGAUCUGAUCAAUGAAGACGAGCAAGAGCAAGAUGAGGUUACCGUGUCCGUUCAAGAUGUAUUUGCCAUGAAAAACAUGUCAAAAAAAUAG